AUGCUCUCCGCCUUCCGCUGUUUUAGACCAACUCUGCCGUCCGCCCACACUCAUGCGAGUUUAUACAGCGUCGUUGCAGGCCUGGCGCGUACAGACUGGCGUACUGACGGACAUCCAGCUCCCCAGCCGGUGAGCUUGGACGACGUGGACUACGACGACACCUCGCCGAGCCCGCACUCUCAGGUGCCCCCACACCGCCGAAAGCCUUCCAAAAUCCCCACGCCGCACGAGUGGGCAGAGCACCGCAAGUCCAUGAAGAAGGACUUCCCCGAAGGCUGGGCGCCGACACGGAAGCUGUCACGCCAGGCCAUGGACGGCCUGCGUUCGAUGCAUGCGAUGCACCCGGAGAUCUUCACCACGCCCGUCCUCGCGGAAAAGUUCAAGAUCAGCGCAGAGGCCGUGCGGCGCAUUCUGAAGAGCAAAUGGGAACCGACGCGCGAGGAGCGCGCGCGCUUUGCGGAGAGGGAGCGGCGGAACAGGCAAAAGUGGAUUGAGGAGAAGAGGAUGGAAGAGAGGCAGAAAUACAUGGCACAGGUGCAGGAGAGUGGGCCAUUGAGGAAACCUAGCAGAAACGAUCGCUUGAUGUUCGUUUGA